AUGGAGUUUUUGAUGAAAAAGGAAGAUCCUUCAUCCAAUGAGCUCAUAAGAACUGUCGAAAGAAAUGUAGCGAUUUUAAGAAUAGAAAGUCAUUAUAAUUUAAAAAUCAAUUAUGAAUUGGAUGUUAAGCUCACAUGGUUCCAUAAUAUAUCACGUAGUCUUACGGACAAACUUGAUUCUUUAUGGAAAUUGGCUGAAACGCAUCAGCCAACGGAAAAUGAAAUAAAACAAUUUGCUGAUCAAAUUGCAAGUUCAUGGACCUCUAUCAAUCGUCAGAUUUACGAAAAAUAUUCUAAAAUACGAAUGGCUAGUCGAACAUUACACGGAGUACCAUUAUCAAUAGUUCUCGAUAGAAUAAAGAAGGAAAUUAUUCUAUUCAAAGUAUCAUUGCAAUUUUAUGAAUCUACUUAUGAUCAAGAAUAUGUAUUAAAAGGAUACAAACUAAUUACUGAAAGUGAAGAACUUAUAAGCAGCUUAGAAAAAUGUGAUAGCAAGUUGCAACAAUACUUAUCCAUAUCAAAUAUUACGCCCCAUCUCAUAAAGUUAGAAUCUGCAAUUGACAAAUAUGUUACGAACGUUGAGGUGCUUUCUACAAAAAAUUCGUUUGUACCUGAUUUAAGUAUUUUUUCAUUAGUUGCGAAAUUAUUAACUGGUGAUUUACUCGGUUAUGAAUCUAUCGAUCCUAAUUAUAUUUUAAUGGAAAAUAUGCCCAAAAAACCAGUUUUUAUUAUCAAGAAUAUUAAACGUAAAACAAUUUACUCGUAUCAUUCAACAUAAAAUAUAUGUAUUUAUACUAUGUAACUUACAUACUCUUAAAUUUGAAAUAUUAUUUAAAGUUUUUAAAAUAAAUGCUGUAUCUAAGAUAAUCCACAUAA